AUGUCGACCUGGGACGCUGCAAUCAAAGCUAUCAAAGAGAAGGUCCCCUCGGCAGACGAAGCCGCCCUGCAAGCCACUAUCGCGCACGCCGACAGCGAAUUCGCUUCUUCUAUUGUUGACCUCAUCCUCUUCGGAGAUGGAACCACCCUCCAUGUCUCGCUCGAUACCGCAGUCGGCACGGGUGACUGCGCUAACCUCGGAAACGGCGCAUUCAAGGGCCAAUUGACCACCCCCGUCUCGGGAACAUAUUUGCUCACGGUCACGGCCACAACUGCAAAACUGUACGACGAUGAUGGCGGGCUGAUCUACAACGGCAAAGGGAGCGCCUCGGUCGGCCUACGAAACUCGUGGCCUAUCACGUUCUAA